AUGUCACAAGGAGCAAGUACCAAUGUUUCCAUUUCGUCACUUUUGGAUUCCAAUUCGUCGUCUACAAAUACAGCUGCACCAGACUUGAAGAGCACGCAAAGCAAAAGCAACAACAACGACAAAAGGCCGGUCUAUACGCCGAUCCAGAAGCUCGUAUCGCAGUAUCAAACGUCGUUUGACCCUGUUGGGAAGUCUCCCAAUGAUACAGGUGUAUCGGACAAACCAUUUCUACAUUCCAAACAACUAAACAACACACUUCCAAGCAACAGGGGAAGCACAAUAUUAGGGAAGAACGGUUCAAAGUCAAGGUCACUAUCGGGAUCGCCUCCUGUAUCAAUUUCAGACCAGGUAAAAAAGUUUCAGACAAAAUUUCAGUUGGGGCCUGUUGCAACCCCUCAACCAAAAAGUAAAACUUCCAUCAACUCAAUCAUUAAUUUGGACGAUGAGGUAAUAACCGAGCCUCUAACACCGUCUCAGUCGGCCGACAUUUUAAAGAGUCACAACUUGGUGAAGCGAAAGAAAGCAAACACCACGGGCAAGGCUAAUGAUUCUAAAAAGCACAAAUCUAAUACGCCGGACCUUCAAAACUCACCCGCAAUCGUAUCUAAGCAGAACGUACUACAAGCUCGAGCACUGAAAGAAAACAAUGGCGCUAACACGAGCAAAAAUGAGCCGAUAAAGAAGCUUUCACGGCCAGAUUUGAAUGUUGUAAAGGCUCCCACAAAACCAGUAAAGCUUUCCGCUCCUACAGUAAUUGAUUUAUUGAACCCAGAUGAUGAAGAGGAUAUUGCACCUGCACCAUCACUGACAUCUUCCCCCGUCGUUGCUGAUAAUAAUGACAAGACUAAAGAAAAGGCUGCUGAAAAAACAACAAAAGAAAAGGAGAAGGAAAGGGAGAAAGUAGAGCCACCUAUUGUUGCAUUAAACAUACCACUACUAGAUCCCAAGGAUCCACAGCCAGGCAAAGCGGAGGUGGUUGUCAAUGUUUUAAAACUAGCCGAAGAUAAAUAUGGCUGGUCAGUGAUGCAUCCCAAGGCUAAAUCUGCUAUAGAGGUUAUGGAUGACAUGAUGGACGAUGAAGAAGACGACGACGACGACGACGAUUUGGUGGAUGAUCAAGAAAAAGCGCCACAUCAGCAGCAACAGCAGCAGCAAACUAACUCAAUACUUCCGGUUGCUCCCCGCGGCAAAGAGUUAACAGAAGAGCAGCUAGUACGACAACACGAGAUAAAAAUGAUUAGAAAAGUGGGCAAGUAUGACUUUGAGGACCCAUUCAUUGAUGAUGUGGAAUUACAGAUGGAGGAAGACAUUUCAAGUACUAAAGAAGGGUUCUUUGUUUACUGGGGUCCAUUGGUUGAUGAUAGGAGUUCCGGUAAGAAGAGCUCGAAAAAGAAAUAG